AUGCCGGGCGGGGGUGGGGGCGCCGGGAGCGGGGGCGGGGCGCAGUGGUCGAGUGACGGCCCGCCUCACCUAUUCCGGGCGCGGGCCGCGGCGCGCAGCUCCGGCGGCGGGAGGAGCGGUAGCGGCCAGGCAGCCCAGCUUCGCGAAGGCUCUCGGCGCGCGGCGGCCCGCAGGCACCCGGCACGCGCCCGCCCCGCCGCCACGAUGCCCAAGAGGAAGGUCAGCUCCGCCGAGGGGGCGGCGAAGGAGGAGCCCAAGAGGAGGUCGGCGAGGUUGUCAGCUAAACCUGCUCCUGCAAAAGUGGAAGCGAAGCCAAAAAAGGCGGCGGGAAAGGAGAAAUCUUCAGACAAAAAAGUGCAAACAAAGGGGAAAAGGGGAGCAAAGGGAAAACAGGCUGAAGUGGCUAACCAAGAAACAAAAGAAGACUUACCUGCAGAAAAUGGAGAAACUAAAAACGAGGAGAGUCCAGCCUCUGAUGAAGCAGGAGAGAAAGAAGCCAAGUCUGAUUAGUAUCAUAUCCCAUGUCUUACCAGUGGUC